AAGGGACUGAAGAAUGCGUAGAGAGUUUGGUAUAAUUAACACAAGUCAGUACUGCUCCGGUUCCUUCCCUUUUAAAGAGGCAAACUGUUGCCUUUGCUAGGAGUUACUGCUUUGGGAAAGCCAACUAUGCGUACCGAUGAACUAAGUGCCUGAAAACUAUGCUGUGUGAAGAAAGCUCAUACACAAAGUAUUCCAAGCCUUGCUGUGUCACGGCUUAAGGUUUUUGGGCAACCUGAGGCUGGGGAGAGAAAAGCAUUUGUUUGCUCAUCCCAAAGUCUUUCAAGGAUGGGCUCCCUCUUCCAGCACCUGCGAGUGCUGCUGUGGAAGAACUGGCUGAGUGUCAAAAGGCAACCCUUAUGGUCAUUUAUGUUAAUAACAUGGCCUGUGUUUUCAUUCAUCCUUCUGGCCAUCAUAAGAAUAAAAUUCCCUCCAGAACCUCAACCAAACUGUUACCUUGCUCCACGGAACCUUCCUAGUGCAGGCUUUUUCCCUUUUCUCGAAACUGUGCUAUGUAGUUCAGAUGCCACCUGCAAACGCACAGCAUAUAAACCUGAGGACUUGCUACCCAAACUAAAUGGCAUCCCACCCCUAAUAAGCAGAAAACAGAGAAGGUCAGCUAACCCAGAGAAGGACAGCAAUCCAUCAUCCCAGACUGCUGAUGUUCCUAAAAGCAGGAAUGGAUCAUUGGAGUCGAUUAAUUCAACAUUUGAUUUGGAAGGCCAUGACAAAAAUAAGUCAUUAUCAGCCAGAAUUCAUCUCCUCAACAAGAUUCUCAGUCUGGCAGAGAAGCAAAAAUCAUCUGUAGCAGAGCUUAAAGCAGAGAUCUGUGAAGCUAUGACAACAAAUGUACCUGCUCAGUGUCUCCUUUGGGAAGUCUUUGGAAGAAACAUCUAUCAGACAUUUUGCUUCAACAAUAUGUCUCUUGUGGAGUCGUUUUUUCAGGAAUUCAGAUAUCAAAUGUCUAAAUUACAGAAUGAUCCUCAGUACCAGGUAGCUUUUGUCAAGGAAACAAUUUCGUUCUUAUCACUCGUCUCGCAAGUGCAGAAUGAAACAUCUCUGUGGAGCACACUUCUCUUGGCCCCAGAUAUUACACAAGGUGUCAUCAGUGUGAAGGACAUGGUUGCUGCUCUUCAGAACACAAGCAGAAAAAUAUUGCCUGCUGAUUUCAUGAGUGAAGACUGGGCUCUUGAAGCAGAUCAUAUUUCAAAAGAAUUCUCAAAAAGGAUGAACAUGACUUUGCAACUUCUCAAAAAUAUGCAAGAGAAAAUUAGUACUGCUGAUCUGAAAAACUUAGGGCUCUUCAGACAAGAAAAGAACAGCUUGAUACCAAGAUGGGCUGAGAUCCUGCAGUGGCAAAUGGAAGAUGGCAGAGAUAAUUCUUUCAAGGAGCUAUUAAAUAAACAUAAUAUCAAAAAACUCCACAAUAUGACAUCUCUUCUGCUUCAGAAUGGCUUCAAAGUGUUGCCCUUAUUUAACAAAAUGACCAAUGUUCAAAAAGUUCAAGAAAUCCACAACUUUGUCACAAGCAGCUGGAAACGGUUGUUUUCAAAUGAAACUAACUUGAAGGAAACAAAUGCAUGGCAAACCAUUCGAAUGCUAGCUUCUCACAACUUCCCUUACACCUCUGAAAAGCUUGAAAGAUACUUAACAUCUCUUCAAGAUGUGCCGUCUUUGUUUGCAAAUUCUCUGCUUAGACCUACAACAAUGGAGAACAUUCCCGAAAAACUCCUGACACUUCAAGAAAUCGUUGAUAUCAUUGCAAAUGUAAACACAAGUCAUAAUUAUCUACUGAUGUCUAUCAUGACUGGAAUGAUGCAGAAAAUCCAACAUUUCCUUGGUGAACCUUUGUGGAAGGAGUUCAAUACUUAUUGGCGUAUUGGUGAAAAACUGAGGUCUGAAAAAUGGAGUGACACAGACAUCAUUGUUUAUGGGCAGGUUUUAGGUAUUUUGCACCACAACCUGCAUGUUCCCCACAAUAGCUCAGACCGACCUUUGAAAGGGGAACUUGAGCAUCUGAUUCAGUAUGUCAACCACUUACUGGAAGAGCAUGGUGUUGAAGGGUCCAAUGUUACAAUGGCUUUAGAUGCCAUUCUGAAAACUUUACAUGUGUUAGAGGACUUGGAGGAAAAGUACAUGAAUGUUAAUCCACUAAUGCAAGUAGAUAAUGAAACUAUCCAAGGAUUAUUUCAAAUAUUCAAAGAAGGUGUAGAUAUACUUUCGGAUCCCAGGCUGACAGGAGCAUCUGGUAUUAAAAAAAUGGAUACCCUUCUCCGUUUUUCACACAUUUUGCUUUUGCAUGAGUUAUAUGGAGCCCCACAGUGGCAGAAUUCUUCAGUGGAGGCAAAUGUGUUGGAACUUUUGUAUUUAACACUGAGCCCUUUUCUAAGGGAAGACUUUCAGUAUAAGGAAAAGCUGGCAAACUGCACCGUGAAAGACUUCCAUCUCAUCACAGUUGAAGUGUUGUUAAAUAAUGCCACACUCAAGGAGGCCUUAAGAAGCAGCAGCUGCGAUCUCCUUUUUAUUUCCAUGGACUCUGAAAACAAAACCACCCACCAUCAUACAUUUGCUGAAUUAUUUGAGCCUGCACUGAGAAAUGUAAAAGAUCUGCUAGCUUCGGAUACACAUCUUAAAACCAAAAAGAAAUACUUUCCCAAUGCAUUUCAGUGUCUUGUGAAAUUGUUGAAACUUUCAUCGGGAUUUCUCUCCAAACUGAACAAUGCCUAUAACUACAAGAAUCCCUGGAUACAAAAGAUGCAUAAAAGCCUAAUAGCCAUCUCUAAUGAGCUGUCCCAAAGUAAUGAGACCUGCCAAGUACCAUUGUUUGGCAGUAUGGAUGUUAGAAAUGUAUCUCCUGCUUUACACAUUUUGAGCCAUUUUAUGCGGAAUGAAACGUAUGCACCAAAUGUCUCUGGCAAUCCAUCAGUCUGGAAUCAUGCACUUGCAUCUUUUAUUUCACUGUACAGGGAGCCCCGUAAGAAUGCCACUGUAUCAAAGCUGUUAGAAAUGAGCAAAAAUGCUGGUAAGAAUUUUUCCAAGGCCUUCAGUGAAGUUGCAACAGUGUUGAGGUCUAGUCAGAAUGUGACAAAUACAGAGCAGUAUGUUCAAUUACUAGAAAAGACCAGAAAGGCCCUAAUUCUUCUUGUGACAGGAUUGGCUCCCAAUGAAACUAAAAACUUGGAGUUUCUUGAAACUUUAAGUUGGGGAAUGAAAGCUUCCAAUGUGAAAAAGGCACUCGGUUUAUUCAAAUUACCCUUGAACACAACUUCUGACAUUGAUUACAAAACUUAUCUUGGAAAUAUUUUAAAUAUUUUUUCACUACCAAUUGAUGUCCUUGCUGAAAGCCGCCUCGACAUGAAUCCUUACUGGGAAGAAACCAAAGAGGCACUGAAGGUCGCAGAGGCGAUAAAGACAAUGUUGUUUUUGAACGACACCGAUAUUAAAUUAGCAACACUUUGGGAAACAAUCCAAAAAGUGAUGUCUUUUGCAACUCCACUCUUUCCUGAGAGCAUGCAACGGGAUUUUAAUGCAACACAGGAAACCCCAAUGCAGUUUUUACAUCUUUUGAUGAAUCCUAAUAUAACUACCGGAGACAUUUUGGAAAAGCUCUCAGCACUUCAGAAUGAUUAUUAUAGUGAAACAAUUAAGAAUAUGACUGAUCACUAUCCUUUGACCCCACAUGUUGUAAAAAUAAUGCAAAUAAUUCGAAAUGCUACAAACAAGUCAUGGGAGCACAUAUCAACUGCCAUUCGUGAACAGCUAAGAUUUCUUAAGGCAGAUAACAGAAGCAUAGAUACCUACACACACAUUUUAAAUACAUUACACAAAUAUUUAUCUUUACAUGAGAUUGAUUCUCGUCUUCUUUUCAAUCUAGAACUGGAAAGGUUUACUAGAAUUUUAUCUCAUGCUCUCAAAAAGUAUGAACACCCACAAAGUAACAUGUCAGAUACAAUUAACACCAUCCUUAGAAGCCUAUUAGAUCAGAAAAGUGUUGAACAUCAAUUUAACAUCAGCCAAUUCGAAGCAUUUUUUUCCUUGCCUAAUGAUAGUAAUAAAACCAUCCAGAGAAUGAAUGACAUAUUGAGGCGAGGGACAGUGAUACUUUCUGACAGAAAAUUGGCAGAAGAGACAGAUACGGGCAAAAUGGCUGCCUUGAACAAUUUUUCACACUUUUUGUUUCCAAAGGAGUUUGAAUCUUUGUUAGGCCAUAGUAGUUUGGUAGAAAGCCAGAUAGCAGAAAUUUUGCAUUUAUCAUUGAAUCUUUUCUUAGAUAUUAGGAACCAUAGAGAAGGAAGUGCUGAGAACUGCACUGCCCAAGAGCUAAUUGACACGAUACUCAAAAGGUUGUUCAAAAAUGGUGCCCUUCAAGAGUCCUUACCACAAAGCCGCUGUGAGCUACUUUUUACGUCCAUGGAUUUUGAAAACCAAACAAUGUCCAAUCAAACAUUCCCUGAAUUGUUUCAGCUCUCGAUAAGUAACGUAGAGCAGAUGCCAGAAUUAGCAAGUCUUUACAGAAACAAUAAUGAACAUUUUUCAAGUGCAUUGUUGUGCAUUAUCAAAUCACUGCAGUUUUCUUCAGCCUUCCUUUCCCAAAUGGACAAUCUCUUCAAUUUUAAACAUCCUUGGAUACAGAAGAGUUAUGAAACACUAACAGUAAUCUCAAAAGAGCUGCCUCCAAGCAACGCAACUUGCCCAACUCCAGUCCUUGGUGGUAUAGAUAAUGUACUUAAGUAUAAUCUUUUAAAAACUGCCCAUCCUUUUUUAACCAGUGAAGCUGAAUUGAACUGGCAAAAUUUUACUGGUAAAUUAACAGAUUACAAACAUUGGUCAGACUACUUUAGUCUACUGCGAAAUGAACAUCUAAAUCCUUCUAUGAAUGAAGCUGGGUGGAGUAACCUUUCACAAAUCUGGAGCCGGGUAUCUCAGUGGAACCUGACAGAAAAGGAGUACACACAGUUUGGACUGAAAUUGGUGGAAAGGGUCCUGGGUCAAAACAUGUCAACUCCAGACGGACUUGCCAGCAGUGUUUAUAUGCUUCAAAAAGGCAUACUUUUGGAUUUGCUGAAGGAGCUAAAAAGAGGCCUGGAUCAACAUUUUCUUUCAAAUCAAAACAAUGUGGAAUAUGGAUUUGAUCAUAUUACACAUCCUUUUGUCGUGAUGGUGGAAACAUUUUUGAACAAGAUGCUGCUUAUGAAUCAACGUAGACAGGCACCGCCCCCAAGCAAUUGGAUUGCACAGUUUCUCUUUGCAGAGUUUGAAAAUGUGUUUAUACAGAUGUCACCUAAUAAUGGCUUCAGAUCAUAUUUGAUUUGCCUAAUGAAUGUGACGGAAAAGCUAGAGAGUGAAUUGACAGAAAAUUCUGCUCUCAUGCUAAAGAUAGCACAGCUAGAAAGUGUUCUUUUAUCCCCUCAUGAUACUUACAAGAAAUAUUCAAUGGUUUCAGAAAUCUUGAUGUCAAGAUUACCUCACCUUCAAAACUUGACAUCACUCCUUUGUGACUCUGAGGUCAUCAAGUCAUUGCAGCAAACCUGCCAGCUUCCUGAUGUUAAUUUUGUAGAGUUGUGUGAUGAAAGUGAAUAUCAUAAGAAGCUUCUUCACCGUCUAGGACUAAGUGAUCAUGUAGUGACCAAUUCUAUUAACCGCAGAAGUGUUUCUGCAGAAUUCCAGGAAAUGUUAAUUGGGAAUCCCAAAAAACUCCAGCAGCAAAUUGUCUGGUUACAAGAAAAUGUGCCACAUCUUCAAUAUUUUCAGGAUAUUUCUGCAUAUAUGGCAUCUCUUAAUUCUAUAGUGAAUAUCACCAAGAAUAUAACACAUUCCAGAAAACAAGACACGUUAAUAAAUCUGUUCAGAAAUGAAGACAGCCUCAGGAACGAUCUCAGAAGUGUAGUAGGAAUGUCGGAAGAAAGCCUCAAUGCACUGCUGGAAAUGCCACUUCCAGAAAACAGAACACAGCUGAUUUUCCAGAUACUCCAGCUGGAGUUCUGCUAUGUUGACGUUACAGAUGCUAAGCCGGAAGUUGUAGCAAAGGAGUUCUGCAACUUAUCACUCACGGAAAGGGCUCACAAGUCUUAUCUUUUGGGAGUCACAUUUCUUCAUUACCUGGAUGUCUACAGCUUCGUGUACAAGAUGUUUUUCCCCAAGGAACUACAAACUCCUCUAGAUCAGGUAUUUGAUCUACUCAAAGAAUUGAACCAUUUCAAGGAAAAGGUUAUCUCAGAUGUUCGUCCACUCUUAGAUGCCGUCCAUUCUCUAAAAAAAUUACGUCAAUCAAGGAAUGCACCCUUCUCUAAGGCAUUUAAUCAGGCUAACAACCUGACACUAAACACUGGAACAUUUAAAACCCUCUCCAAAGCUUUCUGCAACCAAGAAAUUACUCCUUUGUAUUUUCAAUCUCUGUUACCUGAAUUUGAAGAGCAGAACAUUCACCAUUCUUCAGGACAAGAUGACCAUGUGCAAAAUAUUAUGAAGAAAUAUGGCAUUCCUCAGGAUUCACCACCAUUCUGCUUAUCAUUCUUUUUGGACUUGGUUAGAACACCUACAGGGGCCUUAAUUUGGUCUUUCCUAAAACCCAUGCUGCUUGGGAGGAUUCUGUAUACCCCAGACACUCCCGCAACACGAGCGAUCAUGGAGAAGUCUAAUUCAACACUUAAACUCAUGGCUGAUUUAACACAAAAAUCCCAGGAGUGGCUGGACAGUUCUCCAUUGCUCAUGGACUCAUUGGCUAUGUUAAAUGAGACCGUUCCUGUAGUAAAGAAUGCACUGAGGAAUCCUUUUGUACAAGUGUUCAUCAAACUCAUGGUGAAGUUGGAUGCUGUUGAUCUUUUACAUCAAAUUGAUGAGUUGGAUGAUAUACGUUUGGAGCUACAGGAUAAUGCUGACAUUAUAAAUCAACUUAGCAUCUUAGCAGGAUUAGCCGUAAAUGUCUCCUCAUGUGUCUUGUUCAACCGCAUUCAGCCACAUAAGACUGUAGAAGAAAUGGAGAUGGUGGCAAAAGAUCUCUUUUUGAAGAAUGAACUUUUUGCAAGUGUCAUUUUCAAGUUGCCACCAAAGAGGACAAGAGAGGAGAGAGAGAUUCCUGGUGAACUUUCCCUUCCACCACUAGUCAAUUAUACUAUCCGAAUGAGCAGCAAGAUUUCCCAAACAACGAGAAGAAUUCGAGAAAAAGUCUGGACUGUGGGCCCACAUAAUUCAGCAUCUCAGAGCCAAAUCUACAGUCGGGCAUUUAUCUACAUACAAGACAGCAUUGACAGAGCAAUAAUUGAACUACAGACUGGGAAAAAUGCAGAAGAAAUAGCUGUCCAGGUUCAAGCUACACCAUAUCCCUGCUACAAUAAAGACAUGUUCCUAACUAGUGUGACCUACUCUCUCCCAUUUACGCUGAUGGCUGCUUGGAUACUUUUCAUUGCAGCUUUUGUGAAGAAGCUCGUUCAAGAAAAAGACCUGAGGCUUUAUGAGUAUAUGAAGAUGAUGGGUGUCAAUUCCAGCAGCCACUUCUUUGCUUGGUUCAUCGAAUGUGCCACUUUUCUCCUGAUUACUAUCACCUUUCUCGUUAUUAUCCUCAAAGUUGGAAAUGUCCUUCCCAAAAUAAAUGUUGUGAUCUUGUUCUUGUACCUUGUGGACUACAGCUUCUCCAUCAUAGCCAUGUGCUAUCUCAUCAGCGUCUUCUUCAACAACACUAACAUUGCUGCUUUGGUUGCUUGCCUCGUCUACAUCCUGACCUUUUUCCCUUUCAUGGUCCUCCUUGUUGUUGAGAAUCACGUGAGCUUCUCAGUGAAGAGUCUACUGAGCCUGUUGUCUCCAACAGCAUUCAGCUAUGCAAGCCAAUAUAUAACCCGUUAUGAAGAACAGGGCAUUGGUCUACAAUGGGAUAAUAUGUAUGCAUCACCUAUGCUAGGAGACGACACUAAUUUCGGUUGGAUGUGCUGGCUAAUUUUGAUAGACUCUUUUAUAUAUUUAAUUCUGGGCUGGUAUAUUAGAAAAGUUUUUCCAGGAAAAUAUGGCAUGGCAGCUCCAUGGUAUUUUCCUCUCCUUCCAUCUUACUGGGCAGAGUGCUAUGGUUACAGCCCAUUGUGGAGUGAAAAGACGAAAGGCUAUCUUUUUACGGAUUUUUUCUUCCGAAAGCAGCCAGAAUUUCCUGAAAAGAUGUACACUCAGAGUGCACUGCCUUCUAACCUUGAACCUGAACCUACCAACUUAAAAGUGGGAGUUUCUCUUCAUGGGAUAACAAAGAUCUAUGAAUCCAAAGCAGCGGUUCAGAAUCUCAGCCUGAAUUUCUAUGAAGGAAACAUCACUUCCUUGCUGGGUCACAAUGGAGCUGGAAAAACUACCACCAUAUCUAUCCUAACUGGCCUGUUUCCUGCUUCAUCAGGCACUAUAUAUGUUUAUGGUAAAGAUAUCAGAACUGACCAGGAUAUCAUCAGGAAAAAUAUGGGAAUAUGCAUGCAGCACAAUGUAUUAUUCAGUUACCUCACAACAAAGGAACACUUGUUUUUAUAUGGCUACAUCAAGGUACCCCACUGGAGCAAGGAAGAAUUACAGAAGGAAAUCGAAAGGACUUUGAAGGAAACUGGAUUAUACAACCAUCGUCACAAACUGGCUGGCUCCUUAUCAGGAGGGAUGAAACGCAAGCUAUCAAUAUCUAUCGCUCUUCUUGGAGGUUCAAAGGUUGUGAUAUUAGAUGAACCAACCACUGGGGUUGAUCCGUGUUCAAGGAGAGGCAUUUGGGAGAUUAUAUCAAAGAAUAGAAAAGGCAGAACAAUUAUUCUCUCUACCCAUCAUUUGGAUGAAGCUGAGGUAUUGAGUGACCGGGUUGCAUUCUUGGAACACGGAGGGCUCAAAUGCUGUGGGUCCCCAUUCUACCUCAAGGAAACAUUUGGCAAUGGAUACCACCUGAUCCUUACUAAGAAAAAGGGCCCAACUCUAAAUGUUGCAGAAGAAUGUGAUACCUCUGCAGUGACAGCCAUGAUCCAGUCUCAUCUCCCAGAAGCUUAUCUCAAGGAAGACAUUGGGGGCGAGCUUGUCUAUGUGCUUCCGAAGUUUAACAGUAAAGUCUCUCCAGCAUACCAGUCCCUCCUGAGAGGCCUCGACAAUGGCUUGAGUGAUCUCCAUAUUGGCUGCUAUGGAAUUUCAGACAGCACGGUAGAAGAGGUGUUUCUCAAUUUGACCAAAGAUAUGCCUAAAGAUGAACAGGUCGAUGCUGGCUCAUCUAAAGAUGCCUGCAGCUAUACUCCAGCAAAUGAAGACUUCUCCAUAAGCUCUGAUAGCUUCACUGAAAGAGAUGAUCAAGCACUCGUUCAGCUCAAGAAGUCAAGCAACUUUUCUGUAUUGGUGAGAAGAUCCACUGCCUUGUUCAUUAAGAGGUUUCAUCACACUCGACGCAAUGUGAAAGGUUUCAUUGCUCAGGUCAUUCUUCCAGUGUUUUUUGUGACAGCAGCCAUGGGUCUAGGCACCUUGGGACCUAAGGUGGCAGAAUAUCCAGCACUAAUUCUCUCACCAUCCAUUUAUGGCUCCUCCAACCAGGCAGACUUUUUUGGAAAUUACAAUGAAACUACCAAUUCGUUAGUGGAAUCAUUGCUUUCUUUCCCUGGAGCAGAUAACACGUGCCUGAACAAUAAUAAUUUAGCAUGUUUUAAGGAAGAUGUGCCCAGCGAGUGGGUGUUCAGUGGGAACCAGAGUGCUCGGUAUUCUGUCUGCAACUGCACCGACGACAGACAGACUUGUCCAAGGAUCAAUAUUUUCCCACCUCACAAACGAACUUUCUUCUCCCGGACAAUUUAUAAUCUUACUGGGCAUGAUGUAGAGACCUACCUUCUUGCUACUACUAAAGACUUUGUGCAAAAAAGAUAUGGUGGCUGGAGUUUUGGGCUGCCUUUGACGAGUGACCUCCAGUUUGAUAUAAGACCAGUGCCUACUAAUAGAACAAUUACUAAGGUGUGGUAUAAUCCUGAAGGUUACCACAGUCUCCCAGCAUACCUGAACAGUUUGAACAACUUCAUACUCCGCGCUAACUUGCCAAAAGAGAAGUCUUCUGAGUACGGCAUUUCCAUCGUUGCACAUCCUUAUCCUGGUGGAGAGAGCCAAGAACAAGUCAUGCUUAGCGGUCUUCUGGAUCUCAUCGUGUCUAUGUGUGUCCUUAUUGGCUACUCCAUCACCACAUCUAGCUUUGUGCUUUAUGUGGUAAAGGAGCAUCAGAACAAGGCAAAACAGCUACAACAUAUCUCAGGCAUGGGUGUGAAAAGCUAUUGGGUGACUAACUUCAUUUAUGACUUGGUUUACUUUCUGGUACCUGUUACACUCUCCGUAGUCAUAAUUUCAGUUUUUCAGAUACCAGCUUUCAUCAAUGACAAUAAUCUAUUGGCUGUAUUCCUACUUCUCAUUUUGUUUGGAUACGCUUCAUUUUCAUGGAUGUAUUUGUUGGCUGGCAUAUUCAAGGAAACUGGGAUGGCCUUCAUAGUUUAUGUCUGCAUCAACUUGUUCUUUGGCGUCAACACAAUAAUCACGCAUGCAACUGUGUUGGAACUUUCCCAAGAAAAGGCAGAUCAGGGCUUGCAUGAUCUCGCCGAAACUCUGAAGCAUGUUUUUCUGAUGUUCCCACAAUUCUGCUUUGGAUACAGUUUGAUGGAAUUGUCAUACCAUCAAGCUUUGAUGGGUUUCUUGAAAGCAUAUGGAGUUGUCUGCCCUGACAGAACAUUUGAAUUGGACAGAACAAGUUCCAAACUUCUUGGGAUGUUCAUCCAGGGGACAAUAUUCUUUUCAAUCCGCCUCUUGAUUGAUGAUGGGACUUUUCAUAAAGUUUGGCAUAAGAUAUUGGAGUUUUUGUUUAACAAAGUACAUGGAGAGACACCACUCCAACUGGAAGCAGUGGAUGAGAAAGAAGACAAGGAUGUCCAAGCAGAAAGAGAGCGGGUCACAAUGGGUCUAACGGAUUGCGACAUGCUGCAGCUCCAGAACCUCACCAAAGUCUACCACCUCCUCCAUCGAAGGAUUGCAGCAGUAAAAAAUGUCAGCGUUGGGAUUCCAGCAGGAGAGUGCUUUGGACUGCUGGGUGUAAACGGGGCUGGAAAAACAACAAUUUUCAAAAUGCUGACAGGAGACAUUGGGCCAUCUGGUGGAAGGCUGCUGGUGCGCGAUGAAACUGGAUCUUUGAAUGACAUCAAUGAUUCCCACUGGUCGUUGUUUGGGUACUGUCCACAAGAUGAUGCCCUGGAUGAUUUACUAACUGUGGAAGAACACAUGUACUACUAUGCUCGCUUACAUGGCAUCCCAGAGAAACAUAUUAAAGGGGUUGUAUUUCAUCUGCUUUAUCGACUUAACCUGAUGCCCUACAAACACCGAAUCACCUCCAUGUGUAGCUAUGGCACCAACAGAAAGCUGUCAACUGCCCUGGCUCUUCUUGGGAAACCUUCCAUUUUACUGCUGGAUGAACCAAGCUCUGGGAUGGAUCCUAAUGCUAAGAGGCAUCUGUGGAAAAUCAUCACUGAGGAAGUGCAGAACCAAUGUUCGGUGAUUCUUACAUCACACAGCAUGGAGGAAUGUGAGGCUCUCUGCACACGACUGGCUAUCAUGGUAAAUGGACGCUUCCAGUGCAUGGGUUCAUUGCAGCACAUCAAGAGCAGAUUUGGAAAAGGAUUCACUGUGAAGCUGCAUUUGAAUAAUGAGCUGGAUAGCAUAGAGAAGCUGACACAGUUUUUGCAAUCAAACUUUCCAAACACACAACUAAAGGACCACCAACUGAACAUGGCAGAAUAUCAUGUUCCCUUGUCUGCAGGAGGUGUAGCAAACAUAUUUCAACUGCUGGAAACAAACAAACAAAUGUUCAACAUCAGGCACUUCUCAGUGAGCCAAACAACUCUAGAAGAGGUUUUCAUCAACUUUGCGAAAGCUCAGACCGGCCCUGAUAUUUUGGAUACAAGCUCAGACACAGGUUCAGAGGGCUCUAACCUCAGCGGUGAAGAUGCUGACAUAAUUGGUAUCUGCUAAGCCUUUGAAAUGGCUUUCCCAAUGGUUUCCCAUUGUUGAACUGAAGUUUUAUAUAUAUUUUUCAAGAGAGUUUAUGUAUUCAUUUUGUAAUCUUGAAUACUAGAGCCCUGAAUGGUGGUACUACAACCUAUACCAAAUUGAUCUACUACCUGUUUAGUAUCUUUUGGUUUAGAUGCUCAUUGAUUGUGUAUGGUAGACAAAGAUGUGUACUUGCCACUAGCAAGGUUGGCUUGUGUGCUUGGGAAGUUGCUCAAU